GAUCGAUCGAAGAAGUGGCUUUACCUUGCUUUGGUGAUGAAUUGAAUUGAAUGAAAUUGAUGACUAAAAAGUGAAAUCAUGGCUGUGUUCACGACUUCUUGUCAGGAAUUGCUUCUGAUAAUAAGUGGACAUUCAGCUAUCCGAGCAGAGGAAUUGAUAAAAGAGGAGCUUGUUAAUCACAAGAAGAAGUUUAUUGAAGGAGUGCUAUUUUACAAGAAACACAAUGAGCAAUCAGAGAAAAAGCUCAAGGAUGAGAAGGCAAUCAGUGAACUUGAAAGAAAAUUUCUUCUCCAGGCUUGUAAAUUCUUGGAUUUGGAUGCUUUACAGUGCAGAGAAUUGUUUGAUAUGUACCUCCUCUGUGCCUUCCGUGGAACUGGAAAACAACUUCAGGCCAUACUGAAAAAUGAAAGAAGUGUUCAAGCCUUGCUGCUCAAACUCUGGGAGUUCUACCAUGAAGACAGACUUCAUCUCCUUCAGUGCAUCAAACACCUUGCUAAUUUUUGGCAGGAUACGGAUCAUCCUUAUCAGGCCCAGUAUUCAGAGUUUGUGGAGGAUCUGUUAAAAAGUGAUCUGAUUGAAAAGCUUCUUGCCCAGUAUGAAGACCGAUUUGGAUCCCUUGCCCCGACCAAGGACAAGGCCGGCCAACUUAUGACGGACAGACAUCGGGUACGAUGGUGUAUACAGAGUCUCCAUGAACAGAGUGAGCUUCUGGGAAUCAUCUUGCUCUUCUUACACGCCUCGCUGACUCCGACGGAAAACCUCUCAAGAGUCAUCAACCUCUUUCAGCAACAAGGUUUUGGUACUAGACAACCUUACAGGCAUCUAUUGGAUGCUGAAGAAAUGGCACAGAAACUCUCAAACAAGAUGGAAUUCUUAUGCUGUGUUAUAGUACUAGAAUGCAUGGACCUGUUUCCACUGAUGGCUUUAGCUGAUAAGAGCAGUUUAGAGAAUCAUCCUCUUAUUGCCAACCAAAAAUUAACAAAGGAGUUUUCCAGCGCUGUCCAGUCCCUUGGUCAAGCAUCCAGUCACACCCCCAUCCAGCUGGCUUGGAUGGUCAUCCACACCGCCGCCUGGCCAGGCAAGGACACUGCUCUCGUGAGACGGUUAGGAAACCAGGCUCUCCGGCUCCAUGUCUUUAAAUACCUAACCUUUGGUCUAUCAAAGGCUCUGUCUGAUGAAAACUCAGUUGAGUCAAUGGCAUGUCAUUCUGUCAUCUAUUCUCUGAUGUCUGUUGUACUUAAUGUGUUUCAAGAAGAUUCGCUUGGAGGAGUACAGGAUCUGGUCCACCUGUCCUCUGAGUUUCUAUCUCAGCCUCAUCUUUGUAGAGAGUUUUGGAACGCGGACCUAGAGGGUGGAUUUGCAGCUCUACUCCAGUCUUCAAUGGCAUCCUUUCCGCUGGAAUUCUCAUUACCUAUGAAAUUCCUCAAGGCAUUGUCAACAGAGGGCAGCAAACAGAUCUACCAGUUGAUAGCCCACCUGCCAGCUUUCACCGAACCCCUGGACAAUAACCGUAGCUCUGAUAUAGAGACUUCUAAAGGAGACAACGUGUGGAAACUGGUCAAUGAUAAGGUCGUUUGCAAAGCAGGAAAGCAUUCUCCAGGAUUUGUGAUUCCAGCAGGAACUCUUGGCCAGUUGGAGCAGAGACCAGAUGGUCCUCCUCUAAUAACAUGGGAUGUUGAUUACAGUGGUUUUCAGCUGUUUCAGUGUGUCUUAGACUGGUUGAUCAGCGCUGCACCCACUACAUCACCAUCAGACACGCUGGUAGAGCAAGCUAAGGAUGUCAUUGAUCUGAUAGAACAGAUGCUGCAAUCUGAUUGGUCUGUGUCAGAGUACCUUCAGCCAAUCACAGACUGUAUACUCCCCCUCGUAUCAAGCUUGGUUCAAAUCCAGCGGCCACCUCUACAUCUACUAGGAUCAUGUGUAAAGUGUCUCAAUACCAUGGCAAAAUAUGACCCAGAUCAGAUAUGGCAAUCUCUUCAGAAUACUGGGUUUCUACCCCACACAGGCACUUUGUACACACAAGUGGGACAAGCGGCAAGUGGUGAGGGUGUGUUUCCUGGUACCUACGGGAAAGUUGCUCUGGAAUGGGAGAAACAAUAUGGUAUCUAUCCUGUCACACUGGAGUUCAUCAAGCUAGUAAAUACACUCAUAGGGGGACUUGCAUCCAGGAGUAUAGGAGUAGCCACUUCCCAGGACCUCCUUGCCUGUGUUAUCUUCUUACAACGUGAUGUCUUCACAACCUUCCAGAGAUGGCGCUACACAGACUUCAAGGACAAAGAGAAAAUAGGUUUGAGUGUAAUGGAAGUAUUUCAUGUUGUUCUUCAUGUCGUCCCCACAUCACCGUCAUCCAAGAAACCUCACCUUCAUGAUGAAAAGCAAGAUGGAGUGUGUGUUCGAGACGCAAGCAUCUAUGGUCUGUUACACACAGCAGCAGGUCAAUCUUUACUCACCAUCGCUGCUACUGGAGUGGAUACUAUCGAGCAGAAACAACUAGAAAGUGGAAGUCUCUUAGCCAGUACCCCAGACAGCCAGCUAGUGAAGCUCUCCCUCUCCAUCCUCAACCGUCUCCUCCUCCUGAAACCCCAGCAGGAUCCUUCGAGCUCCAGGUCCUCUCCGACCAACCCCUCACCCGAACAGUGCCCUCUAGAGAUUGCCCUGACCUCCCAUUCUACCGGCCUGCCCCACCAGCCCCACCUGAUUGCUGUGAUUGCAGGGUAUAUCUACCAUCGGCAGGACCCACGCCUCCCGACGCUUGCUGCACUGCUUCUCAGGAGAUUGGCACAGGUUGCGCCCAUGUCAUUAUUUGGUUGCCUUGGUAACCAAGCUCCAGCUUUCCGAGAUGCUUUCCUGUUCAGGCUUCAGACUCAUUCAGAGGAUAUUCGACUGAGAGUUGGUAUUCUAGAGCUUCUAGCAGUAUCUGCAGAGACCCAGCCAGGGUUCAGUGAACUCUUCCUCAAUCUUCAACCCAAGAAAGAUGACCCUAAAGGGAAGAAGAAGAAAGAGAAAGGAGACGAGAAACAGAGCCCAAAGAAAGAACAGGAACUGGAAAUUGGGAAGAUCAGUUGUCUACAUGCUGUGCUUGACAUCUUAGAAGAAGACAAACAGGGCACCACCCAUUCUCCUCCUGAUCUUCAUUGUGCUGCUCUAGGAUUUCUUCAAGCUCUUUGGCAAGAUAGAAGAGAGACUGCUCUUACCAUCCUAAGGAAAAGGCCUAAGUUUUGGAAUGAUGUGACAGCACCCCUAUUUAAGGAUCCACCUGCUCCUAAGCCAGACUCACAGGCAACCAGUUCUCUGAUCAAGAUUCGGGCUCAUGCAUUGAGGAUAUUGUCUUUAGAGUGUUUCCACGCUGGACACUCUGGUAUACCUAAAGAGUUGGAAGCUGUUCUGAAGAAGCUGGAUGAAAAGAACAGAUUCCAGUUCUGGUCGAAGUACAUUGGUGAGGUAUUACAAGCCUAUGCUCCUACAAACGUGGAUGUUGAAGAGUACACAUUGAGAGAACACGAAGGACUGGUCCUGUUACAAGCCUGGAGGACAGUUCUUGUAGUAGCUGCUUCUUCUAACUAUCCAGCUUUAUCUAUCAAUGAACCUGCCACAAGGUCUACUAUCCUGAAUGACUUGGUCGCUGCCAUCCAUAAACAAGCUCAAAAUCUAGACUCCAUCUUCAACGCCAAGGCUCUUGCUCUACUCUCAUCAGUCUACCUUACCCUGGUUACAAAAUGGACAAGCAACCUUAGUGGCCAAUGGUCCAAGGUGAAACUACUGGUAGAUACUCUGGAGGCUAUUCUAGAUGCGGAAGACACGCCCCUCUUGCGUCGUUGUCAGGCAGCCAUGAUGGGUGCCCUAACCAAUGUCUUGAGGCACAGACGCUUGGGACAAACCAAGGAUAAACAGGGUCUUGAGAUGUCACUGAUGGAGAGACUCCUUCCUCCAAUAUGUGUUGCCUUACAACACAGCAAGUCCUAUCACCAUCCUGCCAAAGCUACCACCCAACCUCCCACCCAGGAGGUUGCUAUUGACAUCACCAUGGAAGACCUUGAUAGGACCGGGGGAGCAGAGGAACUCCGAAUUCAUGGGGACAAGGUUGCCAAGACUACCAGUACUCCUCCGAUACAACUUCCGGUCAUUGGUGCGUAUCUCUUAGAUGAGGUUCUCUUGAAUCAGGCCGAUCAAGCGGAGAAGUGGAUGCCUUUAGUAAGGGAACAUAGCGUGGUUUCAUUACUUCUUAGUACCCUUCAAGCAUGCUUACAGGCAAGAAAGGGCUUACGUUAUGUUGAGGCUGUUAUGGUCCUUCUGAGAGAUCUAGCUGCCAUUCCACUUGUUGCCGAAGCAGUACGUAUGACAGGUUACAUCCAACAUACCUGCCUCUCUUUAGUCUGGCUCCAUGAAAACAUCAAUGAACAAGACUAUACAUGGACCAAGAAGAAAAAGGGUGAGAAAGCGGAUGGCACAUCAUGGCUGACCGUUUAUGUAGAGUCAAUCACAGUGACCGCUACCCUGCUGUCCACUCUCAAUCAUGCCUUCUUGACCGAUGCACUGGAUUUCUUUGGGGUACAUCGUGAAAGAAUGAUGAAGUGUCUAGAGUCAGUAUACCUCUUGCAAAGCCCCCUUCAGCUGGAAGAGGCGCAAGCUACCACCUCCCUUGUAUAUCAGCUCGCCCACCACACCCAUCAGUGGAGGUUCCACAUGCCUGCCGAGCUGGCCAUACUACAGGAGACACUAGCUAGGCUCACUCAGAGCUGUGUGGCUCUCCUGAUUAGACCAAGGCUACUCCAGCAUAUGCUUGAGAAGAAGACGAAUGCCAAAGAUUCUAGUCAGAGUCAUGCGGUAUCCCAGAUAAUGCAUACAAUACCUAGGAGAUUACUUCAACACCAGGUAUCCACCGACCAAUCAGAUGCAAGCAUUAGUGACGACGCCCAAGAUGUACAGUCAAGACUUUUGUUGAUCAUGGGGAGAAUAUUGGCUUCAUUCCGUCUCUUUAGUCCAGAUCUUCUUGAAUCACUGCUGAACCAGAGCCUAGAUGUGUCUGAAUAUCCAAUGCUCUACUGCCUUGGGUUCAGCACGCCCUCUCUUGACCAAAAGACACCAGCUUCAUUUGGAACACUCAUCUCGUGUAUUAAUUGGUGUCUCCAAAUGCUUCCAAAGCUGGAUGUUAACAAAUCUCCCAUGAAGGUGAUAGAUCAGAAAAAUGUUCCAUCCUCUUCAGAUUCAAAGGCUUUGCAAAGGCCAGCACUGCUAUUUGUUCUGGAGAAUGCUGUUCAUUUGAUCAUGGCUCAAGGGAUGAGGACCUUGAGAGAUCCUACUGUUCCAACCAGAGAUAGACAACUACUCAGAAGAGAACUGGGUUCAGAAUUGAAUACAUUCCUGAUUAGUCUACAGAGGUACUUCCGUCGGGGCAAGCCUGGCUCCCCUUCCGAUGCGAGCCCCGGAACCUCUUCUGCCCGUCUUGGUACCAGCUCGGCAACUUCCGUGAUGAGCAAGGCUUCCCUGAAUGCUGCAUUCACUGAAGCCAAGGAACAACUCUUCUUUAAGGUCGUCCAGACGUUUGUUCAACAGUUGAGUAAAUGAUUUUAGAUCUUAUGUGAAUUACUGUUCUUAUUUGUGUGUUUCAUAAUACAUGUACCCCCAAAGUUUAUCAACAUGAGAGGCGUGUGGGUUGACCGCUUUUCCCUCAUACAUACAAGAAAGCAUGGGCCAUGAGAGUAAGAAUUGAAUAGAACCAAAGAAAUAUUAAACUGAACGAUGAUCCCAACCGCAGAGAAGAAUAUAGAUGAAUCAACGGAAGUGUAUUUCUUAAGAACACUUACUAACAGCGUUCAAAUGUUUUCAAUUACUUUGAAAGAAAAGCAAUGUAAUCAAUGCAUGGUGUCGAGUACACUUUGAAGAUUAACGCUUAAGAGUGAUAUCACAGUAAAGGGGCAACUUUUUUUGUGAGUAUCAUUUGAGAAUAGUGAAUAUAUUCUAUAAAUUACAGAUCUAUUACCUUGAAACUGUUAUUGCAUGUCUUGAAAAUAUAGGGUCGGAAGCAUAUAACAUUUUCUGAGAAAAUCAGAUUGUGUUUUUAUUGAUAAUGUAGAUUUUACGCUAUGUGUCAUUGCAAAGAUGACUGAAAAGUUUCAAUUAAUGAGAUUCACAGGUACAGUUUUACAUAUUUAUGUGAGAGAAAUAGUUUAUUUAUAAUUCAUUUUCCAUGGCAAUGCAUGAUGGUUUGCUUUCAUAAAAGCUAUCAAUAUCAAGAUAAUGGCCUUGCUUGUGAAUGCAUAGAUGAAGAGGCUCACAAAUAUAUAUAUUUUUUCAAGUCGGUUUGUUUCUCGUCUCCUCAAUUAUAUUAUGGAAUGGUACGUUGUAGCUUUUGGGGACUUGAUUUUAUUAAUUGUUGAAUUCUGUUGUCUGGCCUUUUAGGGUAAAUAUAUUUACCAGGAUUUUAGGAAGUUUGGUGCUAAAAAUAUUUUGAUAACCCAAAAUUUAGGAUGUGUUAACAAGGUCUUGACCCCCAAAUCUAUGUCUGACCAGGGGCCUGUUUCAUAUCAGCUGUUAAAAUAACAAAUUGACAAUAAAAGUUAAAAGCUACUGAAAUCCUUCAAUCUGAUUUGCUGAUAUUUUUUUUUUAGAAAUUGUGCAUUUGUUAUUAUAACAAGUGGGAAUAUAAUGAAACAUAUGAGAAGAAAAAAAGAAGAUAUACAAAUAAAAUACAAGAAUAAGAAUAUGCAUAAGUCACAUGACCAAGCAAACAAAAAUUUAUUAAUGUUGCAGGGGCUGUGGGUGGGCUUCAGCCCCCCCCCACUUUUUUUAUAAAACCAUUCACAAAAAAAUGUAAGAACAACCAUCUGAUUGUGAGUUUUUGCAUGGUCAGCCCCCCCCCCACUUUCAAAUCCGUUUCGUGGCCCCUGUGUUGUAUGAAAAUGUGCAUAAAACAUUUGAUGUUUUCAAGGUAGAAGCUGUCCUAAUCUCUAAAUGAUUAGCUUUGACUUGUUUAUUGGCCUGUGCACGCUGUGUUGCUUACAUUGUAUUUCUCUGUAAGUUCAUUUUGUUAUUUAUUUUGUCAUGGAGUUUAGAUAUUUUGUUAAGUUUAUCACCUUAUAUGUUGAAAUGGCUCAAUUUACCAUUUUAAAUUGAAAAAAAAAACACCCCCCCCCAAAAAAAAAAAAAAAAACCAGAGAUGGUAACUUGAUUUCAAUGAUAAAUGACCAUAUUUAUCAUUUCUUCUACACUCACACCCACGAAACUGACCAAUGAUAUGACUGAUGAUAUAUCAUUAGAAAUAAUGUAAUAGCUGUGGUCUGUCAGGAGUGGUUGUGGCAUUAUACUCUUGUCAUAUGCAUGUAGAGUUUAACUCUAUCAUCAUCUCUCUUGUUAAGUUAUUGAAUUUGUCUAUUAACAAACACCAUUGUUUUUUGUGUCUAAUAACAUUUGAGCAGAUGCAUAUAUUUCAAUUUGAUCGUUGGAAGUGACCUUAGAGGAGAGGUAUAUUUUGAAUAUCAUGGAAAUGACAAUCUCACUUCAUUGAAGAAAUGAAUAAUGUAAAUACAUGUACAUGUUUAUGCUUGAGAAUAAAACAAAUUUGCACAAAUGUA